AAAAAAGCUCAGUUUUUGAAACAAUUAUUCUUUACUUCUAGAGCUCUGGGGUGUUUAGCUAAGGAAAAUUAUUCCAUCUUAUCAGCCUUGGUUAAUUUGAUACGAAAUCUCAGCGUGAAAGAGAAUACAAUGGCGACAUUAAACUUUAAAACUGAAGUUGUAAUUGCUGGUGCGCAUGCAGGUGACACGAUAUUUUACGAAGAGGCUAUCAAAGCACUCAGCCAGUACUUCACUCCUGCUAUUAUCUCUCGGCCUUACAGACCAGGUCUUUACACCAUGCUGGACGAAGAGCAUGAGCCCCUGUUGAUCUUCCUCUGUAAAUACUGGGUGGAAUUGGAAAACCAUGAUAUUCAGGAACUUGGUAGGAGAAAUUGUGGAAUUUCCCAUCGCCACAGCAUAAGCACGCGCAGGAGUAACCCGCGAUACGAAUUCGCCGCUGGCACCGUAGAUAACGCCGUUGAUGUUGACCUUCGAACAUUUUGCAUAAAAGGUCAUUAUUUGGCCACUGCAAAUGCCGAGGAUAUCGAUCGCCUUCUUUCGGUUAACAUCGAACCCGAGAAUCCGAGGAGAAAAUCUGAUCUUCGAGGAUCACUGACUGAAAAUCUCCAAAUUCCAAACAUCGUCGAUGCACCUAUAGAGAUUCGCACUCCCGAAGGCGUCUACUUGGUCUCAUUUUUGAAACAAGAAAAGACAACCGAGAAACUUCAAGAUGAUUCCAAAAUACUUAAAACUUGUGAUGCGGAUAAAUCGAGCGACGAUCCAUCGAAGAACGAACUCCCCCAUAAUUAUCAUCGUCCGAAACCGGAAAGAAUUAACGGAUCACAAGAAUGUUCUCCAAACCUUCGCAAAGUCGAGCGCGAAAGAGUUCUCAGUCGAAGGGUGAACGACGACCAGCUGAAAGUCAUCGUGAAGGUCGAGGGGACGCAAACGUUUGAAUGUGACUUUUCCGAGGAUUAUCAUCGAUCGUUGGCAAGCAGAGAUAAGGUGACAAGUCUUCGUGAAAGUAACGGACCUCGCGAGCAGAAGGUGGACGUAAAUUGCAUUCGUAAAUCGGUGGUUACUGAAAAGUCUUCCAAAACAGAGGAAAAAUGCGCGAAAAUACCUCUGACAAAGUCAACGGCAUCGAUGUUAAAAAAUCAUCUUGCGCUCCGUAAGGAUAUCGUUUGCUUUCCACGCGCAGCCAUGAUCAAGUUGGACGAAUUAGUGCCGAGCACAAAAAACCCCGAAGGCCUGAAAAAGGAGAGCAUUGAGAACUCUUCGAUUUCUACAAGUUCCGCGAACGAAGUGCAAAAGACCUCGAAGAACUCUUUCAAAGUUGCCGUUUCUCGCAACGAUUUUGUGUCAGAGUUGAAAGAGAUGUUUAUCCAAGGUCGCAGAAGGCCUUCGGAUCACGUCAAGAUCGUGUCAUCGCAUGUCGCAGUUUCCGAACACGAUGUAAAAAAUGAAAGUAGUUUCAAUACGUCCGGAAGACACACUGCCCCAAGGUUGUCUUCAGAAAACUUUGGUUUCUUAGCCGACGGUCAAACGGUUGCCUUGAAAUCAAAUUCCAAAGAAGAUGUACCGGAGAAAAAUUGUGUGAUCAGUUUAUCUGCGAAUUCAAUAUGAAUCCUCCUUACUUCGAGGAACAAUGCAUCUGAAUGACAUGUUCACUUCUAAUAUAGUUUCAACAUCCGCAUUUUAUAAUCCGGAUCUUUGGACUUGACAAUGCUGUUGAUUUGCACUAAAGUUGCGCAAACUUAGCCGGAAAAUAAUGGUCGUGUAUCAU